GUCCUGACCUUAUGUCACCCCAUGAGUAGAGUGUAGAGAUAAGGUUUAAGCGGGUUGGUUUUAUCUUCUUCUCCGUCUGUCUCUGUGGCUUGCUUGCUUGCUUCCCUCCCUCGCUCUUCAGCCAUGCCUGAAGCUUCUACCAUCUUCCAAUCCACUCUCCUCCCUCCUUUCUCUCAGUCUCGCAGAGCCCUUUCCAGUCCGAUCUGUCACACAUUCUUCAGAAGGAACCCAACAAGUUUCACCACCAUACGGUGUUCCUCAGUUUCCACCGAGGCCGCAAAAAUCCAGACAGUCCCUUGGGGUUGUGAUACCGACUCCCUCGACAACGCGUCGGCUUUGCAGAAAUGGCUGUCGGACUCGGGUAUGCCUCCUCAGAAAAUGGCCAUACAGAGAGUGGAUAUAGGAGAGAGAGGUCUCGUUGCUCUCAAGAACAUCAGGAAGGGAGAGAAGCUGCUCUUCGUGCCUCCCUCGCUCGUCAUUACUGCCGAUUCGGAAUGGAGUGUACCAGAUGCUGGUCAAGUGUUAAAACGUUAUGGUGUACCUGAUUGGCCGUUGAUAGCAACGUAUUUAAUCAGCGAGGCAAGUCUGAUCAAGUCUUCAAGAUGGAGUAACUAUAUCUCUGCCUUGCCUACACAGCCUUACUCGCUUUUAUAUUGGACUCGAUCAGAGCUCGACAGGUAUCUGGAAGCAUCACAAAUACGGGAGAGAGCCAUUGAAAGAGUGAAUGAUGUUAUUGGAACGUACAAUGACUUGAGGCUCAAAAUAUUUUCCAAGCAUCCUGAGUUAUUUCCCGAACAGAUAUUCAAUAUAGAGACUUUUAAAUGGUCAUUUGGCAUCCUCUUCUCACGUUUGGUCCGUUUACCCUCAAUGGAUGGAAGGGUUGCCUUGGUUCCUUGGGCAGACAUGCUGAACCAUAGUUGUGAGGUGGAAACAUUUCUGGAUUAUGAUAAAUCUUCACAAGGCAUUGUGUUCACAACAGAUAGGACAUAUCAGCCAGGUGAACAGGUUUUUAUAUCAUAUGGAAAGAAGUCUAAUGGAGAGCUGUUGCUUUCAUAUGGAUUUGUCCCCAGAGAAGGCACAAAUCCCAGUGAUUCAGUUGAGGUGUCAGUGUCAAUUAAGAAGUCUGACAAAUGUUACAAGGAGAAGAUGGAAGCUUUGAAAAAGCAUGGAUUAUCUACAUCAGAACGGUUUCCUGUACAAAUUACUGGGUGGCCAUUGGAGUUGAUGGCAUAUGCUUAUUUAGCAGUCAGCCCCCCAAGUAUGAAUAGACAAUUUGAAGAGAUGGCUGCUGCUGCAUCAAAUAGGACAUCAUCCAAGAAGGAUAUCAGGUAUCCUGAAAUAGAGGAAGAUGCAUUGCAGUAUAUUCUUGAUAGUUGUGAGUCUGGCAUAUCGAAGUACUCCAAAUUCCUUCAGGCGAGUGGGGAAAUGGAUCUCGAUGUAACAAAUCCAAAGCAACUUAACAGAAGGGUGUUUCUGAAACAGCUAGCCGUGGAUUUGUGCACAAGCGAAAGGAGAAUACUAUUCCGGGCACAAUAUAUAUUGAGGAGGAGAUUGAGGGAUAUAAGGAGUGGUGAACUAAGGGCGCUUAAAAUUUUUGAUGGUCUGAGAAACCUUUUCAAAUGAGAAUCUGAGGGGAGGGAAAUGGAUGGGAAUGAAGUACUUAGUUCUAAACAUGCCAGUAUUUAUUUUCGUGUACUCUGAUUUUUGAGAAUAUAAAAAUGAUGCAUCGUUUACUUUCUU